AUGGAUGCAGUUCCCGAUUUCUUUGAAGAGCAGCCAGAGGAGCCUGAGACUGUUGAGGAGCCUCCUGAACCCCACGCGAAUGGCCGUGGCAGGGGCAGGAAUGGAAGGGGGAAAGGAGCAAGACAGGGAGCAAGUACACGGGGAUCCGGCAGCCGUGGAAAGGGGCCAAACAAACGGGCCACGGCAAGUACCUGUAUUUGCCCGAAGUGCACGGCUCCCAAAUACCCAGGCAGCCGGUUCUGCUCGCUGUUCCAUCAUAAGAAAGCCUGGGACAACAUGAUCUACCAACGUAAGUCACGAUCCAUAACCCAGGAACAAGCCGAUGCAUUCGACGAACGCAUGAAGAUAGACCACGAAGCGGGCAAGGAAGUGGCCCAAUUCGCUCUCGAUAACCCUCCGGAGCUUAAAAAAAAGGGGUUAGUUGAUUUUCAGCGCUUUGUGCGAACCAGAGGAGAGCGUGUGGCCACGUGUCGGCAGGAUGGCACCAGGCCCUACACGUAUGCGGCCUUCAUUAAGUAUGCCGAGAAUCGUGAGGGAUUGUCAGAAGAAGAUGGAAAGGAAAUGUGGAACGAGUUCUACAAGGACAAGACCAUCGAGCGAGACAACCUAGGUUGGCGAGGUGCCGAGCGCUUGUGGGUGCCGGUUCACCAACUGAAGAUGAAUGAUCGCCAGCACUACGUGGACAACCAGGUCCAGGAGGGCAGUGACGAGAUGCGUGACCAUCUUGCGCGCCAAGAGCUUGGCUUUGAUGAUGAACAUUUUUCGAUGACUGCGGCCCAGAAGAAGGAUCUUGCGGAUGGCCCCACGCUCGCUACACCAGUGAAGAACAAGGACGUCAAGUCUGAACCGGGUGGCGAGGCGGACCAUCUCACCCCUGAAAAGGUGGCUGCUGUGAAGAUUGGACGUGAGGGCCCUCAGCUUCAUCGCGGCAUGGAGGCUUCAAUGAGGAAGAUCCGGUCAGAGUUUCAGAAGCAGUUGCAACUGGCUGUUGGUGCAAUGAAGAGCUACGCAGAUCAUCCUGCUGAGUUGAAAGCCAAUGACCGUGCACUGCUUACAUUCUGCCGCACCCUGCAGUUCAGGCAUGAGCUUGGUGUCCGUGUAGCGGAGAGGGUGGGUGACAUUCAGCUGAUUGUGCCAGACUCUUCCAUGUGUUCUGGUGCAUCAGUGAAUAGUCAGCCCGAUCCUACUUCGGUGCAGGACCCGUCCAAUGCCGAUGCAGGUUCUGUCAUCGUCCAAGAGCCAUCAACGUCGCUGCUGGAGACGCGGAAGGCUCUCUCCUUUGAGGACUUCAGCAGAGAAGCAAGGACCAUCAAGAACAAGUGCUGGGAGACGGACUCGCCACUGCAACCUUUGGACUACGUCCACGAGCUGAUGGACAACGUUCUGGACGCGAAGGAUCCUGAAAAGUUCUUGGUGCUGAAGCAUGAUUGGCAGAAGCUUGAGAAGAUGUUCCAGGGUAUUGCAAAGGGCAUCAAGCAGGCCGCAGACGACGUCACGAAGCACAUGCGGCUCAAGGUAAGUGAACAAGCUCGGGAGAAGAAGCGCAAGGCCGAUCAGGAUGCACGUGACAGUUUGAAUAAGGUCAAGGAGGAAGCAAAGAGACAACAGGAUGCAAUCAAGAAGCGAAAGCUCGCUUUGGACGCUGAGGAAACGAAGCUGUACACGGCUGAUCUUCAGCCAACCGUUGUGCCGCUUGUUAAGGCGGUGGAACAGCUCGGGGCUGAGGGUGACCAGUGGAAGUUUCCGUGGCUCGUGGAAGGAAACGAGCAGCUGGAAUUGCAGUUUGCAGAUGCGGUUCUGCAAAAGGCGCUGCCUACAUGGGCAAGUCAGUACAAGAAGCUCCUGAACCAGUCAAAGCCAAAAGUGAGCAUCGUGACGUACCCUUUGGAAGAAAAGCAGGGAAGGAAGAUUGUCAACGAGUACCUGGCGACGUUCAUGAAGAAGGCCGUUGACAUCAGCGAGGUGACAGGCGGCCCAAACUUUAUGGACACAGUUUGGCUCUACGGCGUUGCGGGAAAUCACCGCUCCAUGGCGUUCUUGCCGAACUUUGCAUCGCAGACCCGGGUGCAGCUGAUGGGUGAGAACCGCUUCCUGAUGUUUGAGUGGGCUACUUUGACGGCGGCUAUGGCCGAGGAAGCAAAGGCUGGCGGCAAGGAGCCCAAAGAGAUGACAGCGAUGUGUGAAGAUUUGAAAACGGCCAAUGCGGACCGUCUUGCCGGUCUUGUCAAGUACGGUGCCACAGUGCGGCAAUGCACCCUGAAAAAGAACAUGCUUCUUUUCAUUCCUACGGGAUGGCUUGUGGUGGAGAUUGCAAGCGAGUCCCCCAUCAACUACGGGUGCCGCAAGAGUUGGUUUGAUCCUGUCAAUGUCCAGAGGUAUGCGGCCUCAAUCAAGAUUGCAAAGGCCACUGGUUUGCCCGACAGCAGCAUCGACCGCAUGAGCAAGAUUCUUGAGAUUUUGGCCAAAACGGCCAGGUAG